CGCAUGCUCACAGUCACCGGACGGGCGGCGGCUGACGCGGGUCUGCGGGCCGAUCGUCUCCGGGACCGGGGCCGGGAGAGGGCCCUCGCCCCCCCACCCUGGGCCGGGGAGCCGGCAGGAGGCUCAGCUGCCUGCGGGGGUGGGGGCGCGGCGAGGACAGCAGGUUCCCACCGUUAAAUUUAGUCCAGCGGUGAGACACUGGGCGAAAUAAUCUGACUACUGGAAGUAAGUAGCAGCUGAAGGCUCGGGAACAGCAACAAGUGAACCAGCCACAGAACUGAGGGAAGCAACUGGAGCGAACUCUUCUGAUCCAGAAUUUCCAUCAAUUUGAAGAAAGCUUGAGCACCGGAAUUUGGGACCACCUGUCACCAUCAUGGCUGAAGGUGGCAGCGGGGGAGAUGCAGUGACCUCCACAUCAAGGAAACGCGCAGGUGGGAAAUUAACUCACAUAGAGAAAGUUUUCAAGAGAUUUUUACCAGUCGGAUUAUCAAGGAAAGAUGAUCAGGACACAGGAACUACUACACCAAAGCAGUGCCGGAUUGAGAGCGGUGUCCCAAUGGAAUGUGUUCCCUCCUUGGAGGAAAGGGAACAAAAUCAGCCCAGCGGGAGUGGGAUCAGAGACGGAAUUCAGGGCCAUGGAACCAGCCCAAGUGAGGCGAUUCCCUGUGACGUCGGAGGCUCAUUAAUCACGGAAUCAUCAAGUCUCAACCAAGGAGCAGAACACCAGAUGUUGGGAUCGUCUGUCGCCACCAUGGCUGAAGAUGCAAACAGGGGAGGGGAUACGGUGACCUCGAAAUCAAGGAAGGACACAGACCCAGAGACUACGAUAUCUGAGCUCCUGGCACAGUGCGGGGAUUACCAACUGUUCCAGUUGUCAAACUUCUACCGGGAGAGACUGAAACCUGCGAUUGAAGAAGGGGUUGAAAGGCUCAGCUUGAUGUUGAGAGAUGAGCAACAUUUCAGUGGACAGGAACAUGAGAAAGUCACUGAGCUGGUGGAGAGGAAAAAACGGACAGAGAGUUCCAAACUCCUCUUCAGUCUGGUGAUGGAGAAGGGAUCCCGGGCCCGGAGAGCGAUGUGGGAAUCCUUUGUGAAAAUGCGGAAUGAGUUACCAAAGUUGGACAAAAUACUGAAUGAAAUCCAGGAGCUCGGUCCUGAUCCAUAUGAAUACAUGAACAUCGGCCGAGAUUUAUGUGAUUUAUCCGCACAGCUGAAGGACGUUCAACAGAAACACAAGGAGGUGCUGCGGGCACAAACCGAAACUCUGAGAGUGAACACGAUCCUGAUGAGGGAGAAGGUGAAGGUUUUCCAGCUGGUUGAUCGAUACGCUGAGCUCACUGUCAUUUCUACUGUUCGAGAUCGGAGACUUGUGGAACACGAGCUGCUGGCAAGAGGCCGGGACCAUGAACGGUGGAGAAAGAAACAUCUCCGUGGAGAGCUGGAAAAAAUCCGGACUGAUCAGUUGUUCCAGAGCAGCUUUUCCCGGAGUAAAUGGAAAAAUGGGAGAUCGGCAGCAGUGGCCGGAGUCCCGGGGAUCGGGAAAACAACCAUGGUGCAAAAGAUUGUUUAUGACUGGGCCACGGGGAAAAUAUACCCACACUUCCAGUUUGUCUUCAGCUUCAAAUUCCGGGAUUUAAACUCCAUAAACUGCAGGAUAAACCUGAGGGAACUGGUUCUAGAUCAGUAUCCUUACUUUGGGAAUAUUCUGGGAGAGGUCUGGAAGAAUCCUGAGGGAUUGUUGUUUAUAUUCGAUGGUUUGGAUGAAUUCAAACACAGAAUCCAUUUUGCUGACAGGUGGAGAGACACAGAACCUCAGCACAAGUGCCCAGAUCCCGAGUGGUGGUGUGAAGUGUCUGACAUUGUGUACAGUUUAAUCCAGCACAAGCUGCUCCCAGGGUGUUCAGUGUUGGUGACCACCCGUCCCACUGCGUUACAUUUAUUGGAAAAGGCGGAGAUCAGUGUCUGGGCUGAAAUCCUGGGAUUUGUCGGUGAGGAACGGAAGGAAUAUUUCCACAAGUUUUUUGAAGAUCAGACAGUGGCAGCAGCUGUUUUCAAACACGUGGAGGAGAACGAGAUCCUGUACACCAUGAGCUACAACCCCUCCUACUGCUGGAUCCUGGGUCUGGCACUGGGCCCCUUCUUCACACAAAGACACAAAGAUCCGCAGCGAGUUCCCAAGACCGUCACCCAACUAUAUUCCUACUAUAUUUACAACAUCCUGAAAAACCACGGCCGUGAGAUUGAUAGUCCCCGUGAUGUGUUACUGAGGGUUGGUCAGAUGGCCUACAGAGGAGUGUUCGACAACAAGAUUGUGUUUACAGAUGGAGAUUUGAUCAACUACAAUCUGCAGCCUUCCCAGUUUCUGUCCGGGUUCCUGAUGGAACUUUUGGAGAGAGAGGAUUGUGCCCGGAGCGUGGUGUACACAUUCCCACACCUCACCAUCCAAGAGUUUGUAGCCGCACUCGCACAAUUCCUGAAUCCGCAUCCCGGGGAUAUCCUGAAACUCCUCACUGAAGCCCACAGCACGACAGACGGGCGAUUUGAGGUAUUUCUCCGUUUUGUUGCUGGUCUCUCCUCCCCAGGGUCAGCUCGGGGGCUGGAGGAGUUUCUGGGUCCAUUUCCCCAUCAAACAACCUGCCGAGUGAUUGACUGGGUGAAGGAGGAGGUGAAACGUCAGAGUGGAAACACAGGGAGUGAAGCUGGUAAAAGGAGCCUCCUGAACACACUGCACUACCUGUUUGAGUCUCAGAACCGUGGACUGGCUCAGGCCGCACUGGGAUCUGUGGAAACACUUUCAUUCAGUGGAUUGCGACUGACCCCGAUUGACUGCGCCGUCCUGUCUCAUGUCAUUGGGCUCUGUGAUACAAUAAAACACCUCGAUCUGGGGGGCUGCCACAUUCAGUGUGAAGGGCUCCAGCGGCUGGGACCCGGGCUACACAAAUGCCGAGAGUUGGGACUGGAGAACAACGACCUGGGCGAUUCGGGAGUGAAACCGGUGUCUGCGGCUCUGAGGGACCCGGAGUGUAAAAUACAGAGACUGCGGCUGGCGUGGAACCGUCUUACAGAUUCUGGUGUCGAGGAUCUCGCCUGCGCUCUGAGCACAAACCGCUCACUGACGGAGCUGGACCUGAAUGGCAAUAAACUGGGUGAUUCGGGAGUGAAACCGGUGUCUGCGGCUCUGAGGGACCCGGAGUGUAAAAUACAGAGACUGCGGCUGUGGGAUGUCGGUCUCACAGAUUCUGGUGCCGAGGAUCUCGCCUCCGCUCUCAGUACAAACCGCUCACUGACGGGACUGGACCUGGGAUCAAACUCCCUCACAGACCGAUGUGUCCCCGCUCUCCGCCGCCUCAUCCUGACCCUCCCGAGUCUGGAGUGGAUCUGGCUGCGGGGGAAUCGGUUCAGUUCAGAUGGACAGAAUCAGCUGAAGUCCCUGCAGGGAACCAGACGCGGACUGAGGACACCACAGCGGGAGAGAGCGCCUGUUUUUGCGGAACAGACCCAGUACUUCAACAGCAGCCUCGAGCGCCCAACACUGACCGAACUGCAGAGCGCAGCUCAACGUAACCCAGAGCGUCCCUCACCGACAGAACACCAGCGGGACACUGUAACAUCAGCCCACAGCCCCACUCACCGACGGAACACCAGCGGGACACUCAUUGUUUAUGAAUUAUGUGGUCAGGCCUGGGCUUGGAAUCGAACCUGUGACUGCGGGGCCGCCCAGGAGCUGCCGCACUCGGGGAGCUGGGCAGGGGCGGUCCCGAUGGCGAUAGACCCGCCCCCUGUUCCUAACCCAGAACGCAGCCUCACUGCCGUUCGCUGGGCACAGAAUCCGGAGCCUUCGUCCAAGACUUGGUUAUCUGCAGGAGAUGAUAAUCUCGGCACAGUUGCUGCAUUGCCCAUUACUGUAGUGGUCCAACUGGGCACAACAGUUGAAGAUAUCUUUGUAAACGGUCUGAAGCCGAGAUUCGUGCACCCCCAAGCAGCGGGUGCACAGUCACAUCUGGAGAAAGGAACGUCCAGUGUUCACAAGGAAAGAGCACUGGAAUUUGGGAACACCGUCAUGGCUGAAGGUACCGGCGGGGGAGGAGAUGCUCUGUCCUCCACAUUCAGCAAAUACACAGAACCGAAUUCUGCAGUCUCUGAGCUGCUGACACAGUGGGACGAUGAGCAACUGUUCCAGCUGACAAAGAUCUACCGGCAGAGACUGAAACAAGCGAUUGAAGAAAGGGUUGAAGGACUCAGCUGGAUGUUGAGACAGGAGGACCAUUUUAGUGGACAAGAUCAUGAGAGAGUCAUUGAGCUCGCCGAGAGGGGAAACCGGGCAGAGAGUUCAACGCUCUUCUUCAGUUUGGUGUCGGGGAAAGGAUCCCGGGCCCGGAGGGUGAUGUGGGAAUCCUUCGUGAAAAUGCGGAAUCAGUUACCAAAGUUGGACAAAAUCCUGAAAGAAAUCCAGGAGCGCGAUGUUCAGGAGAAACACAAGGAGACUCUGCGGACACACACAGAAACACUGAGAGUGGAGACGAUCCUGAUGAGGGAGAAGGUGAAGGUUUUCCAGCUGGUGGAUCGAUACGCUGAGCUCACGGUCAUUUCCACUGUUCGAGAUCGGACACUUGUGGAACAUGAACUGCUGGCAAGGGGCCGGGACCAUGAGGAGUGGAGAGGGAAACAUCUCCGGGAUCGCAGGGAUAUCCUGAAACUCCUCACUGAAGCCCACAGCAUGAAGGAUGGACGAUUCGAGGUAUUUCUCCGUUUUGUUGCUGGUCUCUCCUCCCCAGCGUCAGCUCGGGGGCUGGAGGAGUUUCUGGGUCCAUUUCCCAAUCAAACAAUCUGCCGAGUGAUUGACUGGGUGAAGGAGAAGCUGAAACGUCAGAGUGGAAACACAUGGAGUGAAGCUGGUAAAAGGAGCCUCCUGAACACACUGCACUACCUGUUUGAGUCUCAGAACCGUGGACUGGCUCAGGCCGCACUGGGAUCUGUGGAAACACUUUCAUUCAGUGGAUUGCCGUUGACACCGAUUGACUGCGCCGUCCUGUGUCAUGCUUUUGGGCUCUGUGAUACAAUAAAACACCUCGAUCUGUGGGGCUGCUACAUUCAGUGUGAAGGGCUCCAGCGGCUGGGACCCGGGCUGCACAAAUGCCGAGAUUUGGUACUGGGGAGCAACGACCUUGGAGAUUCUGGAGUGAAACUGGUGUCUGCGGCUCUGAGGGACCCGGAGUGUAAAAUACAGAGACUGGAGCUGUGGGGUGUCGGUCUUACAGAUUCAGGUGCCGAGGAUCUCGCCUCCGCUCUCAGUACAAACCGCUCACUGACGGGGCUGGACCUGGGAUCAAACUCCCUCACAGACCGAUGUGUCCCCGCUCUCCGCCGCCUCAUCCUGACCCUCCCGAGUCUGGAGCGGAUCUGGCUGCGGGAGAAUCGGUUCAGUUCAGAUGGACAGAAUCAGCUGAAGUCCCUGCAGGGAACCAGACCCGGAGGUGUUUUCCAAUCAUCCUGGGACCCAACAAGCACGGAGACAAACCUGCUCAGGAUGCAGUCGGAGCAGCUACUACAAAGCAUUGGAAGCAGCUGGAGCUUUCCUCCGCCGGGACCAAAGUGUAAACAACAAGCAGAUCAACCUUCAGCUGUAAUCAUAAUGGACACAGAUCUGAACUCCGCAAUCUCCGCCUUCUUGUCAAACUGUGAGGAUCACCAGCUGUUCCGGUUGACCGGAUUCUACCGGGACCGACUGGAGCAGGCGAUUGAAGAGGGUGUGGAGGGACUCGGCCUCAUGUUAACAGGGGCGGAUCACUUCACUGGGCGGGAGUAUCACAGUGUGACUGAGCUCGCGGAGAAGGGAAACCGAGCGGCCGCUUCCAAACUCCUCCUGGAUCUGGUGAUGGAGAAGGGCUCCGGGGCCCGAAGGGUGAUGUGGGAAUCCUUUGUGAAAAUACGUCACACGUUGCCGAAGCUGAGCAGAAUAUUGAAAGAAAUACGGGACCGUGGUGCUGGGCAGUUCGCCUACAUGGACAACGAGCGGGGUUUAUCUGAAGUGCCCACUCACCUGAAAGAUGUUCAGCGGAAACACAAGGAGACUCUGCGGGCACGAACCGAAACACUGAGGGUGAACACGAUCCUGCUGAGGGAGAAGGUGAAGGUUUUCCAGCUGGUUGAUCGAUACGCUGAGCUCACGGUCAUUUCCACUGUUCGAGAUCGGAGACUCGUGGAACACGAGCUGCUGGCAAGGGGCCGGGACCAUGAGAAGUGGAGAGAGAAACAUCUCCGGGGAGAGCUGGAAAAAAUCCGGACUGAUCAAUUGUUUCAGAGAAAUUACUCCAUCAGUUUUUGGGGGCAAAUAAAGCGAUUCUUCACCCAACCGACCUCUGGGAGUUCAGCAGCAGUGGCCGGAGUCCCGGGGAUCGGGAAAACAACGAUGGUGCAAAAGAUUGUUUAUGACUGGGCCACGGGGAAAAUAUACCCACACUUCCAGUUUGUCUUCAGCUUCAAAUUCCGGGAUUUAAACUCCAUUAACUGCAGGAUAAACCUGAGAGAACUGGUUCUAGAUCAGUAUCCCUACUUUGGGAAUAUUCUGGGAGAGGUCUGGAAGAAUCCUGAGGGAUUGCUGUUUAUAUUCGAUGGUUUGGAUGAAUUCAAGCACACAAUCGAUUUUACUGACAGUGGCAGAGACACAGAACCUCAGCACGUGUGCCCAGAUCCCGAGUGGCGGUGUGAAGUGUCUGACAUUGUGUACAGUUUAAUCCAGCACAAGCUGCUCCCAGGGUGUUCAGUGCUGGUGACCACACGUCCCACUGCGUUACAUUUAUUGGAAAAGGCGGAGAUCAGUGUCUGGGCUGAAAUCCUGGGAUUCGUUGGUGAGGAACGGAAGGAAUAUUUCCACAGGUUUUUUGAAGAUCAGACGGUGGCAGCAGCUGUUUUCAAACAUGUGGAGCAGAACGAGAUCCUGUACACCAUGAGCUACAACCCCUCCUACUGCUGGAUCCUGGGUCUGGCACUGGGCCCCUUCUUCUCACAAAGACACAAAGAUCCGCAGCGAGUUCCCAAGACCAUCACCCAAUUAUAUUCCUACUACAUUUACAACAUCCUGAAAAACCACAGCCGUGAGAUUGAAAGCCCCCGUGAUGUGUUACUGAGGGUUGGUCAGAUGGCCUUCACAGGAGUGUCCGAGAGGAAGAUUGUGUUUACAGAUGGAGAUUUGAUCAAGUACAAUCUGCAGCCUUCCCAGUUCCUGUCCGGGUUCCUGAUGGAACUUUUGGAGAGAGAGGAUUGUGCCCGGAGCGUGGUGUACACAUUCCCACACCUCACCAUCCAAGAGUUUGUAGCCGCACUCGCACAAUUUCUGACUCCAGAUCGCAGGGAUAUCCUGAAACUCCUCACUGAAGCCCACAGCGCGACAGACGGGCGAUUUGAGGUAUUUCUCCGUUUUGUUGCUGGUCUCUCCUUCCCAGGGUCAGCUCGGGGGCUGGAGGAGUUUCUGGGUCCAUUUCCCCAUCAAACAAUCUGCCGAGUGAUUGACUGGGUGAAGGAGGAGGUGAAACGUCAGAGUGGAAACACAUGGAGUGAAGCUGGUAAAAGGAGCCUCCUGAACACACUGCACUACCUGUUUGAGUCUCAGAACCGUGGACUGGCUCAGGCCGCACUGGGAUCUGUGGACACACUUUCAUUCAGUGGAUUGCGACUGACCCCGAUUGACUGCGCCGUCCUGUCUCAUGUCAUUGGGCUCUGUGAUACAAUAAAACACCUCGAUCUGGGGCACUGCCACAUUCAGUGUGAAGGGCUCCAGCGGCUGGGACCCGGGCUGCACAAAUGCCUGGAGUUGGGACUGGACGACAACGACCUGGGAGAUUCGGGAGUGAAACCGGUGUCUGCGGCUCUGAGGGACCCGGAGUGUAAAAUACAGAGACUGCGGCUGUGGGGUGUCGGUCUCACAGAUUCUGGUGCCGAGGAUCUCGCCUCCGCUCUCAGUACAAACCGCUCACUGACGGAGCUGGUCCUGGGAUCAAACUCCCUCACAGACCGAUGUGUCCCCGCUCUCCGCCGCCUCAUCCUGACCCUCCCGAGUCUGGAGCGGAUCUGGCUGCGGGGGAAUCAGUUCAGUUCAGAUGGACGGAAUCAGCUGGAGUCGCUGCAGGGAACCAGACCCGGACUGAGGGUGAACCUGUGAACGUCCCAAUGUACAGACAUCCCCGCCCGCGGGACGGGAAUAUUUUUUGGCCGGUUUCCCGCCCUCCCCUUUAAACGCGCGCGCUCCCGGUUGAAAUCCCAACGGCCGGAGCGGAGCGCGCGCCCCCUCCCCUCCCGCUGUGACGUCAGGGGGAGUCCCGCU